CUUGAUCCCCUUUCCUCAUCGUGCCAAACCCCCUUCACGCACAGAACCCACCUGGAUGAAUUUAGGGCAGGGAUAAGGCCGUCGUAGCAGAGAAAAUCGAUUUGAGUUUUGGGUUCCUUCGAUUUUGCCUUUCCGUGUGCUUCCCCCUUUCUCAUCGUGCCAGAUUUCACCUUCACGUACAGAACCCGGAUGAAAUUAGGGCAGGGAUUAGGUCUUUCAAAAUCGAAAUCGAAAUCAAAAACCCUCACGGUGAGUCUCUCUCUCUCUCUCUCUCUAUAUAUAUAUACACUAACACAUAUAUGUGUAUUCUUUGUUGUCUCUCUAUCGAAAGAUAAGCUGGUCGAUGUAAUUUAUCUUUUCCGGUGUUUGAUUUGUGCUGAAGAAUUUUCUAGAAUCCAUAAAUCUUAUAGCCUGAUAUUAGAUUUUUUGGCUGAUUUAGAGGUGGACUCAAGUGUUUGCAUUAUGCUUUGAAAUGGGUUUGUUCGAGUUUAAAUGCUCGGUCUUAUAAUUUCUUGUCGAACCUGGAUACGUAUGAAAGAAAAAAAAAAUCUUGGAUAGACCUGGAAAAUUAUACAAAGUGGCUGGAAAAUUAAACAUAUUCUAACAGAAAGUAUUUAAAAGGAGUCAAGCAUGAAAUUGCCAAUAGAGAUUCUAAACUUGUUAUGAUGUAAUGGAUGCUAAGGUGGCAAAAUUGUGUUAAAAUGUUAUAAAAACAAAGUUCAUCAGAGUUUUUGUUUAAAUCCUCAAAAAAAUAUUGGUAAACUCUAUACCCUUGUCACGUAAUUUAAUUUAUAAGAAGAUAAAUUAUAAGAUAUGUUAUGAGCAUUACAUUAUUAUGUUAUACAUAUGGAGGAAGUGGGUGGAGUGAGUAGAAUAAGGGGAAAAUAUGAGCCAUAAGGUACAAAUUGUUUGUUAUUGGAUCCCAGCUCUGCAGUUUGCAGGACAAUGGCAUUUAAGGUUUUCUUCUCUCUUUUCUGUUAAAUUUUGAUAAGUUUGAAAUAGAUUUUAUUUUAUGGGAUUAUUUCUGAAAUAUUAGCAUAAUUAGUUGCCAUCUUGGAGGCCCCAGCUUUGGACACAAGUAACUAAUAAACCAAAACUUUGUGGAAAGACAAAUGAUCCAUUUUGACAAUAAUCUAGCUUUGUUUUAAAAUAACAGGUUCAAUUUGGAAUCUUCAUUGAAUUGGUCUCUCUCAUUUAAGGCAAAGUAAUUAAUGACAUUGUUUUGUAAAAUCUUGCUAUCUAAUUUUUUCUUUUGUCAUUUUCAGUUGGAAAUAGAAUGGAAUCAUGGUAUGAAUUCAAAAUUACUUCUCUGUUAAUUUGACACAAGUUUAAGAUCUUCUAAAUGAAACUUAACCCAAGUCUCAUUUAGAAGAAAUGAGACUUUUGGUAGAAGAAUUGCAAUUUUUUCCCAACUAGUAAGAUUGUGAAGCCCAGAAACAGAAAAUGCAUGGCAUUAAUUAUAUGUAAGUUUUUUGUUACGUGUAAAGCCUUUGCUAUUAACUGGAAAAUUCCAGCUUUUAGCUUCCAUAAGUUUUAGUUCAUAAGUGGUAAAGAGAUACACUUCCCGAUAGCUUCUUUCAGUAUAUGCAUGAACUUUUCAGCUAAUCAUAAGGGCAGAGGGUGUUGCAUUUUUCUGACAACAGUUUUCAUGGCAUUGGCUUAAUAUAAGAAUAUGUCAUCAUCCACGACAACGUCUUCUUCCCCUUUUGCCAAACAAAAUCUCCCUCAUCCAUUAUGCUUCUGUGAGAUAGAAGCCCAACUGAGAUUCUCAAAUACUCAAAAUAAUCCAGGACGUCCCUUUUUAAGUUGUCCAAAGUACAACAAAGAGGGCUUACCAUAUUGUAAGUAUUUCAAAUGGGUAGAGGGCCAUGAAUACAAGAUGGCGGUCCGUCCAGAAACUGAUGCUGAAUUUUGCAGCAAGGAAAUAGAGCUGAAGAUGUUAGUCAAUGAGAUUGAAAAGCUCAUUAUUGAUUUGCGUAAAAGAGUAGACGAAUUCGAGUUCGUACUAUCCAACAGAAAUGAGGAGUUAUUGAAGGAGUUGGUGGCUGUUGUACGUGAAGCUGAAGUUAGACGUGCACGCACAUUAGUCCGUGUGUUUUGGGCUUUAGCAGUUGUUGUAGCGUAUUUUUGGGUGGUGCAUAAGUAAUUUCAGAUUACUUUUAGAAUCCUUGGGUAUCUCUAGCUGUGUAUGUAAUGUUAAGUACUUGUAAGUGAAACUAGUGAAUCAUGUACAAGGUUUCUUGAUUCGGCUACCCUUACCAUGCCGAAUCUCUUUUGCAAUUUCAAAACUGUUUUCCAAGUUGGAAUGGAAAUGACCCUGUGAUGUAAAUGUUGAUGGAAUCCUGUAUUGGGUGUUUUAGUGAUGUAAAUGUUGAUGGAAU